AUGAUUAAGAAAGUGGUCGAAACAGCUCAAUACUUGUGGCGUAGGCGUCGCAUGCCCUCCCAAGUGCGUGCCAAAGACACGCGUCUCGCAUUUUCCGACAUUAUUGGCGAUGAAAGUCAAAAAGGUCAGUGGCUCCGAACGGGUCCAAUCCUCGAGCUUAUGGAUGUUUUAGCUGGCACGAUCUCAUCGCGAGUAUCUUUGGGUCCCACUGCUACGAUCUCAUUUGACCGAGUGGAUUUGGUCAAGCCCGUUUUUCAUGGAGAUUUAGUUCGGGUUGAAGGCGAAAUUAUUAGUCUUGGAAAUUCCAGUAUAGCAGUGCAAGUGAGUGGCUAUCGCCACGACAUUUUAAGUGGCGCAUUCCAGCACACACAUGGUGCUUUGAUCACAAUGGUAGCGAUCAAUCGGUUCGGUCGUCCGAGAAAAGGACUACCACAACUUUUUGAUGCUGACCAAGCAGCUUUUUGUCAAGAAAUGCAACAAAUUACACGCCAGCGCAAGGAACUGGCUACGAGGUGGAGAAAGGAACAAGAGGCAGUGGAUCAACUCCAGUUUAUUCGGAAAAGUGAUGUGCUGCCAGGAAAGCCCAAGGAGGAAUACGUUGCUGUGAGCGAGACGGAGAUUGAAGUCCGCAACUGGUUCUUGCCUCGCAAUUUGAAUAUCAAUGAGACGGUUUUCGGUGGUGAUCUGCUCACUUGGAUGGAUCGAGCGGCCUUGUACUGUGCACGAAACUUUACAAAGUCGGGAAAAAUGGUGACUAUUGCAAUGAAUCGCGUACUUUUCAAGCUUCCCAUCUCGGUCGCGGAUGUCGUCACGGCGCGCGCUCGAGUUGUCAACGUUCGUCGCUAUCGUCUAGAAGUCGAAGUCGAAGUGUUUAUCAACUCCGUGAUCGACAGUGGCGAGCGCAAAUCUCAUAACGGCUACUUUACAGUGCUGAAUCUAGACGAAAAGGAUGCAUUGAGGUCGAUCGAAAAGGGUUUGAAGAUUGAUCAAGACAAUCAGCGCGAGAUGCGAAUGCUGCUAAAGGCCCAGAAGCGUCUGGAGUUUGCUGAAGAAGACAAUCAUCUGCAUUCUUUGAAGCAAUUGGAGCCCCGUCUGUAA